AUGCUCGAAAUUGCAGGUCUCGUCGUUGCCGUUGUGAGCGCGAUAUUCGCAGCCACAGGCCACGGAUCAAUCCUCGGACGGCUUUGGCACGCGUUGAAGUCAAGAUUUGGACACAUGUGUCGAUCAAUCAAUUUCCUUCACGGUCUGGGUCAUCAACGAUUGAGCAACGACCUUCACCAUAUGUUCAAUUCUGAUAUUGGGUUGAGAAGCGCGGUGCAACAACACUACGUUGGCAACGUUUACGUCCAAAACCCUCGAAUCGCCGACGGGUACGAUCAGUACGAUGAGUAUGACGAAUAUUGAUCUGGUGGAACGCCAAGAAGAGGAGGUUCUGGAAAGUGUGAUGGUUUGUGUCAGAUAUGGGGGUUAAUCGCCUGGUGAAUAUAGACUGG